GUUUGGUUGCUCGCUCUCUCUUCCUACACAAUGGCUGACUCCGCAACGGCUACGAUCCGAACCCGUCAGUUCCUGACCAACCGCCUGCUCUCCCGCAAGCAGAUGAUCGUCGACAUCAUCCACCCCGGCCUUGCCAACAUGUCCAAGAAGGACGUCACUGAGAAGCUCGCCAAGCUGUACAAGACCACCGCCGAGUGCAUUUCCACCUUCGGCUUCAAGACCCACUUUGGUGGCGGUCGCUCGACUGGCUUUGCUCUGAUCUACGACUCGGCUGAUGCCGCCAAGAAGUACGAGCCCAAGUACCGCCAGAUCCGUGCUGGCAACGGCGCCAAGGGCAACGUGUCCCGCAAGCAGCGCAAGGAGCGCAAGAACCGUGCCAAGAAGGUCCGUGGCACCAAGAAGGCCAAGGUUUCCAGCGCCAAGAAGUAAAUUGCCCCACUACUUUCUUGUCCAUGACCGUAGCUAUUUCGAAUCUCCUCCGUGGUCAGAGGGCUUGUUGUCAUUUGCUUGGCUGCUUUGUACGGUGGAAUUCAGUCCCAUUUCCUUAAUUGCC